UUUUUUACAUGCAUGAUAUGAAAAGGUGCUCUCACAAGUCUCAUUAAUAUCACUUCCCUACUAGGCCAUAAAUCAGACAUAAUGAAUAAUGUAAAACAGGAAUGGGGCCUCCACCUGGCUCUGUCUCACUGUGAUUUGCCUUCAUUGUUGUAUGAUCUUACUAUUUCAGUAUAUCUGGGCUGGUUUGAUAUCCUUGACCCUCCAACAAUAACAUCUGUUCUCAGUACAAAUAAUUCCCUCAUGCAGCUCAGGCCCUGUUUUCCUACGCUGUUCCCAUAUUGCCUAUUUGUCACCAUGUGUUUCCCCUCCUGAGGUGUGGAAUAUGUUUGUGUGUGUGAUGGUCAUGGUUCCCUGAUGCUGGGGUUUUCCAGCCAAUUCAGUGAUUUUCUGUUCUCCACCUCUUUUUUUCCUCCUCUUUUAUCCAGCUCACACAGCACUCCUCUCUUCAUAUACUUCUCAUUUGUUUCUUGUUUGGAAGCCAUCAUUUAAUAUGGUUUUACCUGACCGUGGAAGGCAGCAGUUAGAGGAACGGACGCUACAACUUGGAACUCUGAGCACACUGUGGUUUUAUGUUCUUAAGGAUUUUCUUCAUGAGCAGCUCUUGUAUCCAGCAAGAAGUUCUGACUGAUUUGAGCAGUGUGUGUUAUGUUCACAGAAAGGGACUGCGAGGAAGUGUGUGCUGAUGAGAUGGAGAGUCCAGCAUGAGGAUAAGAUGUUCCUUGAGGUUUAACCCAACCCUUCUAUUAGUGGCAAAAACACAGUAACCACCUCCAGAUGUUGGCGAGCACAAUUUGACUGAUUAUUUACAACAAGAGCAAUGACCCUUGUCCCCUUCACACUAUAUAACACUUACUCUUUGGUCUUUCUGUAAUGCCUAAGUUAAUGCUUAAUCUAAGUACAGGCCCUUAAUUGCUAAGGCCAAGCCCUGUUUAUGGGAGGGAGGUUACUUGGAUAUGUUCAAAUCAGUCAUUGCAGUUAGGAGGCAUACAGGCUCAGGGACUCACCAGACUCAUCUCUACCAGUCAAGCAACAAGACCUAGAAGACAAAAGAAAGGAAGCAGCCAACAUGCCGAAAGAGUCCUUCAUAUUCAAGGCUGUUGCCACCACCUUUGUCAUUCUGACCAUCUCUGUCAUUGCCGGCAUUGUCACUAUGAUCAUUUUCUACAAAACUCAGAUCUCCACAGUGAAGCCAACACCUCGUCCGACCUUCCCGUCCACCACCACAGGACCACCACCUGUCAUGCGGCUGCCAAGGAACCUCAUACCUGAUAGUUACACAGUCUUCCUUCAGCCUGACUUCUACACCCGAAUCAUUGAGGUGGAAAACGUCACCAGUCCAAACCAGACGAUGCUCUUCACCGGAAACUCUACUGUUAACUUUCACUGUGUCCAGAGGACUAGCACCAUCUACCUCCACAGUACUGAGCUGGACGUAGAUGGUGCAGUGGUGAAGAACAGAGACACAAAUAAGAAGAUGGAUGUUGGGGAAAUAAAACACAAAGAUGAAAGUUCCUUUCUUGAGGUCCCGUUGGAGGAAACGUUAGAGGCAGGAAGAAACUACAGUUUGUUUCUGAAUUUCAAGGGAAAAAUGUCAAAAAAUCUUGAUGGCCUUUAUGUAAGCUCAUAUGUUGAAGGUUCCCCAGCUUAUGAAGGUGAUGAAAAUGCAGAGAGAUUCCUUGCCACCACCAAUAUGGAGCCAACAGAGGCCAGGAGAGUGUUUCCUUGUUUCGAUGAGCCAGAAAUGAAGGCUGUGUUUCAUGUGACCAUAAUCCACAGACAUGGCACAACAGCUCUAGCAAAUGCAAAAAUGAAAGAUUCCAGUAUUAUAGAUGAUGACUGGACAGUUACUAUUUUCGAUCCAACACAGAGGAUGUCUACAUACUUGUUUGCCUUCACAGUUUCAGAGUUCAAAUCAAUCAACUCCCCACAUGAACGUGUGGAAAUUAAAACUUUUGCUCGUCCUGAGGCCACUACAGCAGGACACACUGAAUAUGCAGCCAGCAUCACUGGAAAGAUUCUCGAGUUCUAUGAGAAUUAUUUUGAUAUUAAUUACUCACUAAAAAAGCUAGACCAAAUUGCAGUGCCAGACUUAUAUCCUCUAGCAAUGGAAAAUUGGGGAUUGGUCACAUACCAGGAAGGAAGUCUGCUCUACGAAGAAGGCGUGUCCUCAUUGUUGCACAAGGAAGACAUUGCUACUGUCAUUGCACAUGAACUUGCACAUCAGUGGUUUGGAAAUCUAGUGACGAUGAAAUGGUGGAAUGACCUUUGGCUGAAUGAAGGCUUUGCCACGUAUAUAUCUUAUUUUGCAGUGGACGAUGUUGAACCAUCAUUCAAAAUAAUUGACACAUUUGUUUUGACUGACCUUCAUACAGCGUUUGUGGAGGAUGCUCUGGCUUCAUCCCAUCCUCUAAGUCCUCCACAGGAAGAUGUCCAGAGCAUUUAUGAGAUUAAUGGGAUGUUUGAUUCCAUAACCUACUGUAAGGGGGCACUUGUGCUGAGAAUGCUGGCAGAUAUUGUGGAUGAAAGAGUUUUCAACACAGGGGUCAAGAGGUAUCUCCGGGACUUCCGCUAUAACAACACUGACCGGAACGACUUCUGGGAGUAUAUACAAAAGGCUGUCGAUGAGGACGGUGGCCACACCAAGGUUGCCAAGGUGAUGGACAGCUGGACUAAUCAAAUUGGCUAUCCUGUCCUCACCAUCAACACUACCAAUGGAGAAAUUUACCAGAAGCACUUCCUGUACAAUGACUCUUCUGAAUCUAGUCUUUGGUGGUACAUCCCAAUCAGAGUCAUGUCAAAUACAUCUGAUUCUUCCCUAGUCUGGUUGGACACCAGUGCCCCAGUAAAAAAAGACAAAUUCCUUUCUAAGUCAGGAGAGUGGAUCUUGGCAAAUGUAAACUGUACUGGAUACUACAGAGUCAAUUACAACCCUGAGAAUUGGGAACGCCUCCUGACUCAGCUGGAGACAAACCCACGGCGGAUCCCACUGAUGAACAGAGGGCAGCUGGUUGAUGAUGCAUUUAACCUGGCAAGGGCCGAACUUGUCAAUGUGACUCUGGCUCUGAACGCAACCCGCUUCCUUUCCAAUGAGACAGAGUAUGCUCCCUGGGAGUCUGCUGUUAGGAACCUUGAGUACUUUGUCCUCAUGUUUGACCGCACCGAGGUGUAUGGACCCAUGCAGGCGUACCUCUGCAAACAGGUUACAGGGCUAUAUGACUUCUUCAGGAACUACACAGAAAAUUCAAAAGUCCCAGAUGACCACUCCUUACAGCACAACCAGAUCACUGCCAUACAGGUGGCAUGUUCCAGUGGACUCUCAGACUGCGUGACAAUGGCUAGUGAGAUGUUUGCCAACUGGAUGAAGAACAGCACUACUAACAACAUCCACCCCAACCUGCGGUCUGUGAUCUACUGCCAAGCUCUGGCUGCAGGUGGCCAGACAGAGUGGGAGUUUGCCUGGAACAGGUUUCAGAGCUCCAGCGACACCUCUGAGAAAGAGCAGCUCCGUGAAGCUCUGUCCUGCACCAAGAAGAUUUGGCUGCUGAACAGAUACCUGGAGUAUACUUUGAACCCUGACAAGAUACGUCUGAUGGAUGUUGAUUCCACUAUAAUCUACAUAGCCAGGAAUGUGGCGGGUCAGGCGCUGGCCUGGAACUUCAUUAGAGCGCACUGGGAAUACGUCAGUCAGGAGGGUGGAGCCUCACUGAUUGAAGGAGUGACCAGCAGGUUCUCAACACAGUUUGAACUAGAGGAGCUGGAGCAUUUUGCAACUAAAUAUGAUGUGGAAUAUGCUACCAGGGCAGUAAACCAGGCCAUAGAGCAAACCCGGGUCAACAUUGAGUGGGUCCGCAAGAACAAAGAGAUUGUACUAGAGUGGUUUGAAAGAGAAUCAACUUCACAGUGUUUAUAGCCUCUCAGGCUAGUGGUGCUGGCAGUCUCUGCCUCCACUGAAUCCACUUCACAACAACUGAGCAAGAGUGACUGUCACUGUGAUUCAUGAGAGAAAA